AUGAGUACUGAUUAUUUAUGGACUGAAGAUGAAUUGAAUUUAUACGAAAUAGAAAAUCGUUUCAAUGAUACGACAAUAACAUUUAUUAUAGUAUCCAAAGAUAUUCCUACUUGUUUGACUAAAUUAUCUCAAUUUUUAGACCCCUGGAUUAAAUCAUAUCCCUGGAUUAUUCAACCACCUACAAUUACUCAACAACAAACAGUAUUUAAUAAUCUAACAAUUGAUUAUAUUCAUGGAGAACUUAAUUAUCAUGAGUAUAUUAGAGAAUCGUUAUUAUUAGUCUCAUUGUUAUUUCAAUUUACUAAAUAUCAUAAAGAUUCAUAUAUUCAUAUAUUUGAUUCCAUUGAUAUUGAACCAUUAUUAAUUCAUUGUCAUGAUUUUUUACCUAAUGAUCUUGAAGAAGUAGGAACAUCAAUUAAUAGAGUUUGGAUUCAUGAUUAUUCAAUUAUUGUAUUAAAUUUACAUGAUGAUAGAUAUAUUAAUUUAUAUCUUGCUAUUCAACAAUUAAAUAAUCAAGAUUAUACAAUUAAUUCAGCCAUGUCUGAAUAUUGGAAAAAUCAAAGUGAAUUAGAUGAAUAUUUAAAAUAUAUUCAUGAUGUGAAAAUUGAUAAUUUACCAAAAGACGUAGGUAAAUUAAUUACAAAUGAUGUUAAUUUAUUAUCCUUAUCUUUAAUAAGUUUAGAAAAUGAAUCAAAAAUAGAUAAGAUUGAAUUACAUGAAGAAGAAGAUAGAAAUAAUAAUUGUCUGGUUAGUAUACCUAUGAAUACUUUAAAUUUAGGUGUUAUUUUAGCAAUUUGUCAAAAUCGUCCUGAUUUAACUGCUAAAGAUGUAAUUGUUAAUGGAUUAUUGAAGUUUUAUAAUGAUUUGAAUGUAAAGCCUGAAAUACCACUGGAUAUUAAACAAGUAUCAAGAUACGAUUUACAAAAGGAAUUAAUCAAUAGAGGAUUGAUUGAUCAUGAAGUUGGGGAAAAUAAAGACGCGUAUGAAUUAUUUAGUCUGUCAUUUGAUAAAGAUGAUGAGGAGGAAGUGGAAGAAGAAGAGAAACUAGCUAGUCAAUUGAAUGAAAUCUUAAAUAUUUCAAAGAAUAUUCUUGAAGAGGAAGAUGAGGAGAUUGAUGAUGAGGAAGAUGAUCCGGAUUAUGAUGAAUUUGAUGGAAAUGAAAGAUUGAUGGAAUUUAGAGAGAAAUAUUUUGAAAUUACUGAUAUUUGGUUAGAUAAAGAUAAAACUAUUGAAUUUUAUGAUAAAUUUAAAUUACUGAUGUUAAAUCAAGUUGAAACUUUUCGAUUGGAUUUUAAAAAUAGUGAAUUUGAAGAUUUUCCCGAAUUUCUUGAAACUAAUGUGAUAUUAGGUAUUGAAGAAGAAGAAAAAGAAAGAAAACGACAUGAAAUUGGUGAAUAUCAAGGAGAUAUGAAUUAUGCUGAAUAUAUGAAGUUUAAAAAGAAAUUACGUAAACAAGGUGAUAUAGUUGAUGAUUCAGAUGAUGAAGAUAGUGAUUGGGAAGAUAUUGACGAUGAUCAAGAAGAAGACGAAGAAGAACAAAAAGAAGAAGAACAAAUUGAUAGUGAUGAUGAGGAUGAUGAAUUUGCUUAUCAUCAAACAACACCAUUAUCACAAUCUCCAAAGAUAACUGAAAUUGAUGACUCCGAAAUAAAUGAACCUCAAAUAGUUGAAUUAUCUGAAAAUUUGAAAAAUUUGCAAACUGAUCCUACACCAAAGACACUUGAAGAUAUUCUUAUUGAAAGAUACACCAAGUAUUAA